UUGGCGGUUUUAUUGCUCAAUCAACUAAAAUUCGGUUGAUGAUUUCCUUCGUGACGGGAAAAGCGCAAAAUUGAAAACCAAAAACCCACCGAAAAACCGAAAAAGAGCACAUAAAAACCUCCGAAUAACGUUGAUAUAAUUCCGUUUUCAAUUGUGUGAGUGCAGCGACGUUCGUGUAUACGGUGUGGGUGUGUGCCUUGUGUGCGAUUGUGUGCGUGUGCACAUUGCCGAUGCUCGUACCGCUUUUCAUUCUGUGCCUGACCGCCGCUGGGUUCCGUUCUUGGCCCGCCGUACGGAGGUUCCGUUAUAAAAGACGCGUGCCGCUCCACAACCAAUGGAGUUCGAUUCGAGACCGCAAAGGUUCUGUGUCCUGCCUGGCAGCCUCUAAAAAAUAAAAACAAUUUAAACAUUAAUAAUUGUAAAUUUGAAAGUGCUGUGCACUGACCCUAAGUGAUAUAACCAAAAAAACAAUAAUAUUUUGUGAUUUUUAAAGAAUAACUUUUUGACGAAAGUAAACCGUGUAAAAUGCAUUUCAUCGCCCUCUCUUUAAUAGUUUGCUGUUCUAUGGCCCUCAGCUGGGCCAACGAAUGGGGCUACCCGGACUUGGAGAGCAACCAGGAUGAGCCCUUUCCCAAAUGGGGCGGUCUUUGCGAUAGUGGCAAGAAGCAAAGCCCCAUCAAUCUGCAUGUCAAGGGUGCUCUGAAGGGCCAGUUUGAUCCUCUGAAGUUCGAGAACUAUGAUGAGCAUCAGAAGAAUCUGCAAAUGGUCAACAAUGGACAUUCAAUUCAACUUUCUGGCUUUGAUCACGAACUGACCCUGAGUGGUGGUGGUCUGGGUAGUGAUUACGUGGUGGAGCAGAUCCAUAUGCAUUGGUGGUCAGAGCACACGAUCAACGACAUCCGGUAUCCGUUGGAAGUGCAUAUUGUCCACCGAAACACCAUUUACCCCAACACGACCAUGGCAGCAAACUUCAAAGAUGGCAUUGUGGUCAUUGGAGUGCUGUACCAUGUGUCCAAUACACCCAACGAGGCCAUUGGCAGCAUCAUCAAGAGUUUGGGAGCUGUUAAGAGCUACGAUAGCAUGAACAAGCCUGUCGCGGUGGCAGAUUCCUUAGCUGUGGAUGAUUUGGUGCCCAGUGUGGAGAGCUACUUCACCUAUGCUGGCUCUCUGACUACACCAACUUGUGCCGAGGCUGUUACCUGGAUUGUACUGACCGAAACCUUCCCCGUCACCCUGGAUCAGGUUACUGAGUUCAAGGAAAUCGAGUAUGAAGAGGGCAAGCAGCUGCACAACAACUACAGGGAGCUGCAGAGUGAGAACAAUCGUGCUGUGGUUCUGGUUGAGCAGCCCGAGGAUCGCUCGGGGGCAACAGGACUCACUGCAUCCGUAUCGCUGACCCUAAUGCUUAUCCUGGCGGGCCAGAAGUUCCUGCUGUAGACUUAAGAUGGAUAUCCACGAAGUGAGAGAGCAGCCAAUGACAUACUCGUACCAAAGAAUCGUUCGAUACAACGAAUUUGUUUACCAAGUAAUAAUAUAUUAACAAUCCAAAAAAGAAAAAACCGGCGAAACAGGAGAGCAACGUCAGACCAGACAAUUUAUACUCAUUAAUUGUAAUGCAGAACAGAACAAGAAUUCAGCUAGUCAGUUUGUGUAAAGUUCAUUAAGUGCAAGGAUCACAGAUAAUAAAUGAAACAUUUUACAAGCA